AUGAAUUGUGAGCGUGCUGACCAUCCUGAGAAGACUACACGAGGAUCAUCUAAUUUGCUCGGUGCAUCUGGUUCAGAGAGGAUUUUGUCAUAUCAAGUAAAGAUCGAGACUUUCGGUGCUUGUGAAGCAAUGAAUGCACAAAAUCCGAGCGUUGUGCUACUCGCUCAGCCUAGGCUUUCGCUAAGAGCUACCCGCUUGAACCGCCAUCAGUUUCCCGUCCUUAACAUUGAAAUCCAGUUAUUUGCUGAUCAAGACAUGCUACUGAUUUUUGUGGCUAAAUGCCACAGUUCAGUUCAAUUGGACCGCAUUUAUAUCAACUGA